AUGCUGGCAUGGCUGCUCAAGCUCUUGAUCCUCUCCUUCAACAUUCGCUCAUCGUUCAAGGCGCUCGCUCCAGCACGACCUAGCGGACAGACGAGGUCGCGGACAAAAGACGGGAGCAGGAGGUCUGACAGGGCGCCCAGGAAGCAGAUUAAGGAGGAGCUGACGAACGUUCUGGUCUGGGUGUGCUUCUGCUUGCUGGAAAGGUUGGCGGACCGCACGCUCGGCUGGGUCCUCCCGCUGUACGGGACCUUCAAGGUCUUCGCUCUCCUCCUCAUCCUCGUCUGGCGCGGACCCGCACGACUCGACAAGCAGGGCUCACAACAGCUGUUCGACAAGGUCAUCAGCCCGCUCAUCCGGCCGUACGAACGACCCCUCGACUUCGUCGGCUUCGUUCUGGGCGAGAUCGUCGAUCUUGCCUUCUUCCUGCUCCUCUUCGUCCCGAGGAAGAUUGCGCAGCACUGGCGUCGGAAGAAGGAGUCUCCAGAUGUCCCGGCCAUCCUGCGAGGCUUGCGACAGCCGCACCAACCUAAACUCGCACAGUCGCUCGCUGACUCGAUCGAGAAGUCACAAGGCGACUCGGACGCCAUCAGCGCGCGGUUCUCGCAGCCGGUGCAGGUGAGGUUGAACCCAGUGCCGUUCCGCCCUACCCGCCCGGCGACCGCUCCUCAACGUCCAGUAGCCCAUACCACUGAGCGGCAGCCUACGACGCAACUCCCUCCACCUGUCGCCUCUUCCGCUCCAUUCCGCCAUGUCCCCAUCAUCCCUCCGACUGCCGAGCCCGUUCCCACCAGGCCGCUCCACCGGCCACCUCCCGUCGCCAGCACAUCUCGCCUCCCCGUUCCUCAGCCGGCCCGACGAGUCCCAUCCACGAAGACGGAGUCGGCUGCACUUCCGAGAGGCUCGCUCUACCCAUCGCUCGCAUCUGUCUCGACGCCGCUUGAACAGCCGAACGUCUCGGCGUCGGUCCCUUCACAGCCUGCGUCUCAGCCGUCGAGCGUGCCCACCGCCCGGACAAGCGCGCAGAAGAAGGGCAAGGCGAGGCUGCGUGAGGACGACGAGGUCGAGCCGAGUCGAGCGUCUCCGCCCACGAAGCGGGCGCGUACGUCUCGUCGCUCAUCACCUCCGCCACCCGCUACGGCUCUCGACCUCGACCUGGACGUCGGCGACGGCAUGGCGGGCGACUCACCUCCGACUCCGCCCGCCCCGUUCGCCUCGGUCUCGACCCUCCCUCCUCCGACUCCCGCUCCUCCAGGCGCUUUCAGCUUCCGCUCACCCGCCCAAGUACCGCUGCCCGACAGUCCCGCCAUUUGCCUUCCUUCCGCCGACAAACCCGGGUCGGAUCAGGCGACACCGAGACGUCGUAGCGCGCGGACGAGCACAGUCGUCUCGACGUCCACGAGCAGCGCGAAGGGGAAGAAGCGAGCGAGGGAGUCGUCUGCUGCGCGUGUGAGCGAGGCGGACACGGCUAAUCCGGUUACGCCGAAGAAGAAGGUUGCGCGGGUCCAGGAUACGGAAGCUGGCGAGACUGGUGAGCCUGCGAAGGCGAAGGGCAAGGGUCGAGUAGCUGGGGAUGCGGUUGCGACGCCUCGCCAACGCGCCCUCGGGGCCAUCGCGCAGCUUUCGAAGGAUCUCUUUGACGACGACGAGGAUGAGGUCGGACUCGGUCUUGGCAAAAAGGCGAAGAAGAAGGAUGUGGCUAGCGUGUUGGGAAGAGGCAAGGCUGGCGGAAUGGGUAGCAGCAGGUUGAGGCAGAGCACGAGGCGGCGGGUGACGGAAGAGGACGAUGAGGUUUACACGGAAGAGGUCGUUCAGCCGGCCCCCUCGACCCGCUCAACGACGACGAACUCGCGAGGCCGAACGACUGCCCGUGUCGGCGCUUCCAGCGCUGCGAAUACGAACCGUUCGACAGCAACGCGCAGCGCCUCCUCCUCGACUACCCUCGCCACCUCAACGUCCAGUCGACCUCCCUCUCGCCUCGCUCAGUCGACCGCCACCCGCACACGCGCCGCCGCUUCUUCGACUCCCGCCGACGAAGACGAAGCAGACGAGCUAGUCCUGCCGGCGCGAAACAAGGGUGCUCGACGUACGACGAGCUCUGCCACGACAACUUCGACCGGCUCGCAGCCGCCAAGGAGGGCGCGGCGGGUUCUGCUGGGUCGCGCUGGAUCGGCGGCCGCUGAGGAGGAGCAGGAGGUCGACGGAGUCGCGAUCGUCUCGCGGCAGAGGGUGGCCAGGAAGUGA